UUGGUGCAUGGCGGAAAACCAUCUGAUUUAAGGAAAUUGAAACCUGUUCCUGUCAAUGCAGUGGGUAAAGUUGAGGUAGAUGCUGCUGGUAAAAAUUAUAAAGGACAAAAAUAUAUGAGGAAAGUAAACCGUAGCAAGGAUACCUCUAAAAGCAUAAUACAAAAUUCGACAAAGUUGACAGUUAUUGAUACCAAUAGACUUUCCGAAGGAAAACUAUUGAAGCUGAAAGUGAAACCAUUGAAAUGUCCGUCAGUUGAAUUAGAGGGUGCUUCUACAACAGCUGAUUUAUGUCUUCAGCAUCACUGUUAUAGUUAUUAAUAUGGCGGAAUUUGAACAAAUUGCUAUUGUUCCAUUAUACGUUGUUUAGUACAAAAUGCUGUCAAAUAACGGCUAUAGCGGCACUAUAACACUGUUGCACAGCGAAAUUUGAAUGAACAGCUGUUUUCUGCAAUCCAGGAUUGACAACACUGGUCAUGAGUAAGCGCGGGAGAGGUCUAAAAUUGUCCAAUUAUAUUAUAGUUUUGUAAGGGUUGGGAGGUGCUGGUUGAUGAACCAACAUCUAGAAUAAAUUUCUUAGAAUUGGGCUGGCCCCCCAACUUAACCCUUACAAAACGGUUAUAAACACAUGUUCAUCCCAUAUCUCAUCCGAUGCGAGACUCCUAACACACCUCUUUGAUUAAAGAAUAGCAAAACAUGCUUUGGAAUACAAGGAGGAUUUCUUAAUAUGUCAAAGGAAAUAAAGAAUAAAAACUAAGUCACUGACAGAAAGCUUUAACAUUUAAUGUGUUCACCGUUUGUGCUCAUGCUACUGUUAUGUGUCUGAUAACACAGGGAGAAAGAUACUUGGAACAUUUUCCGGUAUUUAAUAUUUUGAUUAAUUGUUUACAAUAUUUGAUUGUAAUGUUGGUGUACUCAAUCUUCUUGUUGUUAAUCAAUGUACUUGUUUGGUAUCAUCUGGUUUUUAUUUUACUCUUCAUCGAUUGCACAUUCUAAUUGGUUUUGUUAUCAUGUAUUAAUCUGGAUCAGUGUAGAUUGUGAACUAGCAUACAAGUGGAUCAGGGGCUGAUUAUAUAGUUUCUUGAUGGGGUCCUUUGAGGAGAAUGAUAAUGAUAUUAUCAUGGAGGAUGCAUCUUAUGGAGUCCAUGAUUUGAGUCAUCGAAUAGGUCCUGAGUACCAGGCGGAAAUUUCUUUUGUGAUUAAGAAAUCAGAGCAACUUCGAAUGAAUCCUGCUAAUUCAGAAUCUGUGCAUGAUAAAUCAUGUUCCCUUGAAAUUGGUUUGCCCAUCUAAGUUGCAUGGAGUGAUGCUGAUACAAAAAGUUUUCUAAUUGGUUUGUUUAUUUUCGGGAAGAACUUCGUUCAGAUCAGAAGAUUUUUAGACAAUAAAGGGAUGGGGGAAAUACUUUCAUUUUACUAUGGAAAGUUUUACAAAAGUGAUGGAUAUCGUAGAUGGUCAGAGUGCAGGAAGAUAAAAGGGAGAAACUGCAUCAUAGGACAGAGACUGUUUACUGGACCAAGGCAACGCGAACUGUUAUCUCGCUUGAUUUGUCGUGUCGGUACAGAAUCUCAAGUUGCUUUGUUACAGGUUUCUAAGUCAUAUGUGGAGGGAAUAAUUUCUCUAGAAGAAUACAUAUCUUCUUUGAAGUCUAUGGUUGGAAUUGGUGUUCUUGUUGAAGCAGUAGGUAUUGGCAAUGAGAAGAGAGACCUUACUAGGCUUGGCGUGGAACAUGGGAAGAACAGUCGAGCGUCUUCAGCUCCAACCAGAAAAGCUUUGUCUUCUCUUAGACCGAGUGAUAUAAUACAGUCUUUAACAGGAGGAUAUCAGCUUAGCAAAACCAAAAGUACUGAACUCUUCUGGGAAGCUGUUUGGCCCCGCUUACUGGCAAGAGGUUGGCACUGCGAAAAACCGAAGAAUCGAGGCUAUGUUACUUCGGAAGAUUAUCUGGUUUUUCUUAUUCCCGGUGUUGAGAAGUUCUCGACGAGAAAACUUGUUAAAGGGGAUCAUUACUUUGAUUCAGUUAGUGAUGUCUUGAGCAAAGUAGUAGCUGAACCAAAUAUUCUUGAGCUUGAAGACGAAGAAGCUAAAGAUGGUAGCUUUAAUGAAGAGAAGGGAUCAAAUGAAGGUGAUUUAUCUGAUGAUCAUCGUCAAUGUUACCUCAAGCCCCGAUCUUCUCCUUACAAAAAAAAUCAUACCAAAUUCAUGGUUAUUGAUACCAGUUUGGUGCAUGGCGGAAAGCUAUCUAAUCUAAGGGAGUUGGAAUCUGUGCCUAAUUCAGUGUCGAAACUUGAGGUAUAUGCUGAUGGUAAAAGAUAUAAAGGGAAAAUAUAUACGAGGAAAGUAGGGCAUAGCAAGGAUACGUCUAGGAGCGUUAAACAACUGAGAUAUCCGCCCGUUGAAUUUGGAGAUGCUUCUACGAAGGCCUCUGAUCUUCUGAGAGAGUGUAAGAGUGGAUUUUCAACUGAUGAUUUGCCAAGGAUGGUGGAAGCUAAGAUGCUGAGAUGUAGCAAAAAGAAAAUCAGUGGAACUGAUGGUUGCAGGAGUGUAUCUAGAAAUUAUGCAAACAAGAAGGUUGAAAUCAAGAAAUGUCAACAAGUCAACGUGUUAGACGAUAACCGACUGAAAAGGAUCAUAAAAUAUCAUUUCAAUCGGAGGGUAAGAACAGGUCAUUCUAACCAUGUAGCUGUUCCGAUUAAAAGGAGGAGAUUGACUGCCUGUGCCAAGGCAGAGGAAAGGCGCAUCGUUGAGAAUUCUUCAGGAGGUAAAGGAUCAGAUAAACUAGGAUUCUCUCUAUCUUCUAGCUUUCCAGAUUCCAACAAAAAUGUUUGUGAUCCAAUUAGUCAUCAGCAGAAUGGAAGUUCAACAGCUUUCUCGACAGAAAGAAAUGUGAAAGAGAAUAAUGAGAUGAACAUUCAUAACGGCAGUUAUCAAUGUACAUUUGAAGCCAAGAGGACAAAGGUCUGCAGACUGAUGAAUUGGUUGAUAAAGGAUGAAGACUCUGAGUAUUAUCAGAAGCUGAGAGAGUUUGAAUAUAAGAAGGCCACAAGAAACAACUUAAACCAGGUUGUGUUGCAGAAACAUCAGAAGAGUUUGGCAAAUGAGGUCAACCGAGAAACAGAUGGAGCAGUCAUCAAGACGAAACAGGCUGAUGGAGCCUCAACUUCUUCUGCACCUAAUGACGAUGAAGUGGUCAUUCUGACCAAAGCAAAAUAUGAAAGGCUGUUGCAGAGUGCUGAGAAGGUUGAUAAGCUUGAAGAGAAACUUUCACAAAUCCUGAACCUUCUUCAACAGAGAAACAUUGUCAUUUCCGACGAGUUAACAACUCAAAUGUACAACUGUUGAAUCUGUAAAUUUCCGAGGGGUAUACUACUCAAAAUCGUUUGUGCUCGAAAAAAAAUUGUUUUUGGAAUUCAAAUUUCUAAGGACCGCCCUUGUUUUGCUCUAGUCGCACCUGUUUUAAUACUACCAGAUAGUUAGUUAAUUUUCUUAAGGGUCAUACUAUACGGUGCCUCCAAGGCAAAGAUUCUUUAUAAAAAUUUCAUGUACUAUUUUUCAGAUUAUAUUACCAUUUUUGGUUCCUUAACUAGUGUUCAUAAUUAGUUUGUUAGAAUAUUUUAGUUAGCAUUGUGUUUGUAGUUUUAAAGUAUUUGUGCUUUUAAUAUAUCUAUGAGAU